ACGUCCAGGCAGAUCGUCGGUGCUACGAAGACUGCGAAGCUCUGCCGGGUCUCCUCUCUCCUCCCUCCGACGCCUCCCCGGCAACCAGCUAGGGAAAUUGAAGCAACAGGACGAAGCUUUUAGAACGACCGUGUGUGGUACGUGACUCGCUGCACAGUGCACCGAUUACCGUGAACAUAGCGUCGCUGGAACUGUUCUCAAUUCAUCGAUCCAGGGCAAAGUGCGAGCGGGGAGUCGUGGGUAACAAGUGCAGGUAGCAGCGGGUGAUUCUCUGUUGGGAACGUUCGCCGAUCGGAAGCCUGGACGAACACGAAGAGGACGUCGAGUCUGGCGAGUGAGCAGAUCGGUUUGUUUUCCAUCGUACGUUUACUUCUCUGUACAAAUAUCGAUGGGGAAGCCGGUAGAACAUGCGGAACUCGUUGGAAACGAUUCUGUUCGUACUUCGUUCGCAAGCGCGCGGGGAAGAAACCAGUAGGGGUCGACGCACUUGUUCCGUUUUCGCUUGUUGUCAGUAGUUGGACGCGCCGGGACGCGAGUGAUUAAAAGUAGUGUCCUUGCAACGUUUACACGUGUACGUGAAGAACGCGGAUUUGAGUGAUGCUCCAUUAUGCUGUUCCUGAAAUGAUUCGGCCAUCCGAGGAUCGACGAUCGAUCACCGGGCGAAGGAAUUCCUAUGGAAACCGGCGGCGUUCCGUCACGUUUUUCUAUGGUUCAACGACGGCAUCGCGUGUCGCGGCUCGAACAGGGCCACGAGAGGUGGAUCGUGCGAGCGGUAACGGCGAACGGCUGAGACGGUCAGCGGCGGUGGUUCGCGUAUACCGGCUCGAGUGAGGAUUCCCAUGAACGGCCGGAACCUGCCCGGAAUCCCAUGGUCGAGAAGAGGAGCGAACGAGCAUGACGUAGCCGUCGAUGCGGGGGGCGCUUCGGAUGCUCCGUACUGGCGACGACUAGGCUCGUAUGGAGGGGACGAACGCAAACGCAACGGAAGGCAGCCUGCUUCUGAACCAGACCGACUCUCUCCAAGGGUUCCCCGGCAAGAAUUCACCCUACACGACCGCGCAGGCAAUACUCAUUGCGCUGGUGCUCGGCAGCAUAAUCGUCGGUACGGUGAUCGGGAACACACUGGUCUGCGUCGCCGUGUUCCUCGUUAGGAAGCUGCGAAGGCCGUGCAACUAUCUCGUGGUCAGCCUCGCGGUCAGCGAUCUCUUCGUCGCUCUCCUGGUGAUGCCGAUGGCGAUGCUCUACGAGAUCUCCGGUAAUUGGUCCUUCGGCCCAUUUAUGUGCGACGUUUGGGUCAGCUUCGACGUGCUCAGCUGCACGGCCAGCAUCCUCAAUCUCUGCAUGAUCUCCGUCGACCGGUUCUGCGCCAUAACGAAACCGUUGAAAUACGGCGUAAGGAGGACGCCGAGACGGAUGAUCGCCUACGUGAGCCUUGUUUGGUUAGGGGCGGCCUGCAUCAGUUUGCCACCCCUGUUGAUUAUGGGGAACGAACACAAUUACUCUGAGGACGGUGCGUUCCACUGCAGCGUUUGCCAGAAUUUCUUCUAUCAAGUCUACGCGACGCUCGGCAGUUUCUACAUGCCACUCUUCGUCAUGAUCCAGGUGUACUACAAGAUAUUCUGCGCGGCUCGCAGGAUAGUCUUGGAGGAGAGAAGGGCGCAGAGCCAUUUGGAGGCGCACUGCUACGUGGACAUAGAGCCCCCGACGCAGCAUCAUCACACGGCCACUGGGAACCGUCAAUCGAAUUCCGACGAGCAAACCAGCCACGGAAGUCCCCACGUGAAGCAGCAUCGAAGCUCGAGCACCUCGACGACGAUACGAUCGAACCUUCACGGCGAUACGCAGGAUAAUAUGAGAGCGUGCAGCGGCCACGCGGUUCGUUGUUUCACCGGCGGUCCCCGUAAGAGCAACGAGUCCCAAUGCCCGAUGCUGCAGAAGCUCGAGAAGCCGGUGCUGACGUCGUCGACGACGACCACGCCGCCGAUGACCAAGUCGUCGAUCGUCAGGAAUCACCUGAACAGUACCUGCAGCGUGACGAAUUCCCCGCACCAGAAGAAGCUGAGGUUCCACUUGGCGAAGGAGAGGAAGGCCAGCACCACGUUGGGGAUAAUAAUGAGCGCGUUCGUUGGCUGCUGGCUACCGUUCUUCGUCCUGACGUUGGUCAAGCUGUUCGUCAAGGACCCGGACUCGAUACCGGCGUUCCUCUCCAGCCUGUUCCUCUGGCUCGGCUACUGCAACAGCCUCCUGAACCCGAUAAUAUACGCGACCCUCAACAGAGACUUCCGUAAACCGUUCCGCGAGAUCCUGUGCUUCCGUUGCAGCAACCUGAACCACAUGAUGAGGGAGGAGUUCUACCAGAGCCAGUACGGCGACCCGGUGAACAACUGCGAGAUAAAGGCCGGCGAGAUGGACGACGCCGAGCGUCUGAACAAUCAGGGGAUCGAGGCGAUCGACAUCGCGACGAGCGCGCCCAACGAGAGUUUCCUAUGAUCGGGAUGAUCCAUCGAUUGUCGGAUCGUCGAGACCAGUCUGAUGAUCGAUGAUUCGGAUUAAUCCUCUCGCGGCCGCGGCUCCGUCGGUGCCGACGCGUCGAUCCUUGAAUCGAAAUUGGCAAACCGGUGUCGGUGAUUUUAAAACGAAACGCGAGAAGAUCGAAGAAGAAGAGCACGAAAGGAGUUGCAAGAGAAUGUGAUGCAGGUGAAGGAAAGUUUUAUUUAUCUUUUUUGUUUCGAACGAAACGGGACUGUUUACGGGGCUCGAUACUUGUAAUGAAAUUCGCGCAGACAUCGUAGAGGUUUCGGCUGCGAGUUCCCGAUCGGUCUUCGGUGGAUCUGUUGUUCGCAGAACCGGGAGAUCAAAUUACUCGCCGUUAACUAGUUCGAGACCUGACUUUUAAGGGGAGCUUCCUCUGAUCGAAACGACUUUUCGAUUCGUCCGCGAAACAAUUAACGCGCCGCCAAUUUCGACUAGGUCAUGUUCGCAGGAGUGCUAGUAAGUGAGAACAACUUUUGCCAGCCACUGUACGCGAGGACUGGUCCGGUGUCGAGACGAGUGACCCCGUGAAAUCCUUUUCUCCCGGUGACAGGGGAAGAAAUGGCACCGGGACAUUGUCUCCGCGGGAUGACAAGGAAAAAGGUCGUGUUCCGUGGCGGAAGUUUCUUCGGACCGUGCUCCAAUUGCCUCGAGUGACACGGCUCGUGGGAAUCGGGCGGUCAAAGGAGAAUGAGAGAAUCGUAGAAAUUCUUUCAGGUUUUAAAAAUCGUGACUCUCGAUCGGAGGAGGCGACGCGGAGUAACGAACGUUGACAGGCGGACGAUGUUCGAUCGCGUCGUGAAACAACGUGUGGUCUCUCUCUUAAUUACGACGUACAGGAGGAGGUAAAUGAAAAAUUUGUGUAGCGCCGCGUAAUCCUGAAACGGUCUGUGUAACUAUAGCGGAAAACUAAAGAAGUAAGUAUGAAAUAGGAACUCUUCCAAUCUAAAUGUACGACGCGCGUCUACCAGUGCAGCCUCGGUCUUUGAUCAUACUAAUAAGAACUUGCAAUUCAUUCGCGCGCGUACCUUUUCAAUCGCCGAUCCUCCGACGCAACUCGACGUCUCUUAUUUAUUUCAUCGGCCGCGGAAGGUAAGAUCAUACGUUUGUUUCGUCAAGCUCCAGUGAUUUGAAACGAUUACUUCUAGUAUUAAAUGAACCAAAGAGAUCGUUUGAAUUUUAUUUUUUUAAACGUACUUUUGUAAGCGAUCGAUCAAUAGCGUGCGAGAAAUUCUCGCACCGCGCGUCUAGUCUACAAGAGUGAUUUAUUUAUUAUUUAUAAAGGAACGUAGUAUCUCUAAGGUAUGUACAUUUAAAAAAACGUUAGUGAUAUUGUAAAAAGGGAUCUGGGCUCAAUACGACUUAUGAACGAAAAUCAGAAACAUAAAAGAUCUUAUCAGAUUAAAGUUAGUCCGGUUUUUAACGACGAUUCGUUCCAGUGGAAAAUAUAUUUUUGAUCGGUACGUGCAGUCUAUACGUAGUCUCGAUUCAUCUGUAAAUAAUUAUAGGCGAACGAUUCUGAGAGGUCCACCUCCCCGGAUAGAUCUCGGCCUCGGUCGGGCGCCGUGUGCGCUUGACCACGUGCCGGUGGUAAAUGUCAAUCGGAAAAUGGAAUCGAACCCGUUGGAAAAUCACUCGUGACACGUGAGGGCAGUAAAACCAUCUCGUAGCCCCGCAUCUCCGGAGUGCGAUUACCAAGAAUGUUUUUACCCGUUCGAAUCCUUGACUCGAUCCCUGAGAUUAAUGGUUCGAACACUUACGACGUUCGAACGAUUCGUCUGGCCUAACGAGGUAGUAAAAAUCCUUCCGUCAAUUCCACGAUUCAUUUACUCCUUCGUUCCUCGAUAUGGAAUUUUUGUACACACCAAAGAACGCGGUUCCUUUCGUCGCGUCGUAAUCAUUUUAUGUAGAACGUGACGAGGAAAUAAAACGAACAGUAUUAUUGUAA